CGUCCUUCCCAUCCCUCCAUCCCUCCAUCCCUCCAUCCCUCCAUCCUCCCGGCCCCGCCGCCUCCCUGUCCGCCGGGCCGGGCCUCAUCCCGCGGGAUCCGCAGCCAUCGCGGGCCGAGGCGGUGCCGAUCCCGAUCCCCAUCCUGAUCCCGAUCCCGGCGGCCCCGGGGCCGCGCUCCCGCCGCGCUCCCCCCGCACAUUCCCGGCCAUGCAGGGGAGGCGGGCGGCGGCUCCGCGCUGAGCCCCGGGCAGGGGGACAGAGCCCCGGGCACAGGGACAGAGCCGAGCCCCGGGCACAGGGAGCCGAGCUCGGGGCUCCGCCGCAGGCGCUUGGAAAAUUAUCCAGCAGUUGAGUGCUGAGGGGGUGCUUUGGGAGCAUGGCCGGGGCAGGACAACCAGUGCUGGCCUGGAGUGCAGGUUGUGAUGAGGGAGUCCCAUCCCCGCUCCCGGGGCGGGUUUUAUCCGUGGCUCUGUGAUCCCUCCUCCCUCCCCGGUGUUUGCCCGGCUCCGGAGCCCGAUCCCAGCAGAGGAUGAGGAGGUUCAUCUACUGCAAGGUGGUUCUGGCCACGUCCCUGCUGUGGGUGCUGCUGGACGUGUUCCUGCUGCUCUACUUCAGCGAGUGCAACAAGUGCGAUGACAAGAAGGAGAGGUCCCUGCUGCCCGCCCUCAGGGCCGUUAUUUCCCGGAACCAGGAAGGGCCAGGAGAGAUGGGAAAGGCCGUGCUCAUUCCCAAGGACGAGCAGGAGAAGAUGAAGGAGCUGUUUAAGAUCAACCAGUUCAACCUGAUGGCCAGUGACCUGAUCGCCCUGAACCGCAGCCUGCCCGACGUGCGGCUGGACGGGUGCAAGACGAAGGUGUACCCCGAGGAGCUGCCCAACACGAGCGUGGUGAUCGUGUUCCACAACGAGGCCUGGAGCACCCUGCUGCGCACCGUGGCCAGCGUCAUCAACCGCUCGCCCCCGCGCCUGCUCCGAGAGAUCAUCCUGGUGGACGACGCCAGCGAGAGAGAGUUUCUGAAGGCCUCCUUAGAGAACUACGUGAAGACCCUGGAGGUGCCCGUGAGGAUCCUGCGGAUGGAGCAGCGCUCGGGGCUGAUCCGGGCGCGGCUCCGCGGGGCCGCCGCUUCCAAGGGCCAGGUGAUCACCUUCCUGGAUGCCCACUGUGAGUGCACCCUGGGCUGGCUGGAGCCUCUCCUGGCCAGGAUCAAGGAGGACAGGAAAACCGUGGUGUGUCCCAUCAUCGACGUGAUCAGCGACGAUACCUUCGAGUACAUGGCGGGCUCGGACAUGACCUACGGGGGCUUCAACUGGAAACUCAACUUCCGCUGGUACCCGGUGCCCCAGAGGGAGAUGGACAGGAGGAAAGGGGACAGGACCCUCCCUGUCAGGACCCCUACUAUGGCUGGUGGCCUAUUUUCUAUUGACAGAAACUACUUUGAAGAGAUAGGAACUUACGAUGCAGGAAUGGAUAUCUGGGGUGGCGAGAAUCUUGAAAUGUCUUUUAGGGUCUGGCAGUGCGGGGGCUCCCUGGAGAUCGUCACCUGCUCCCACGUGGGCCACGUGUUCCGCAAGGCCACCCCCUACACCUUCCCGGGGGGCACCGGCCACGUCAUCAACAAGAACAACCGCAGGCUGGCCGAGGUCUGGAUGGACGACUUCAAGGACUUCUUCUACAUCAUCUCCCCGGGUGUGGUGAAGGUGGAUUAUGGAGACGUGUCCGUCAGGAAGGCCCUGAGGGAAAGCCUCAAGUGCAAACCCUUCUCCUGGUACCUGGAGAACAUCUACCCCGACUCCCAGAUCCCGCGGCGCUACUACUCCCUGGGAGAGAUCAGGAAUGUUGAAACCAACCAGUGUUUGGACAACAUGGGCCGCAAGGAAAACGAGAAAGUGGGAUUUUUCAACUGCCAUGGAAUGGGAGGAAAUCAGGUGUUUUCCUACACGGCCGACAAGGAGAUCCGCACGGACGACCUGUGCCUGGACGUGUCGCGGCUCAACGGGCCCGUCCUCAUGCUCAAGUGCCACCACAUGAGGGGCAACCAGCUCUGGGAGUACGAUGCCGAGAAGCUCACCCUGAGGCACGUGAACAGCAACCAGUGCCUGGCAGAGCCGUCGGAGGAGGACAGGCUGGUGCCCACCAUGCGGGAGUGCGGGGCCGGCCGCUCCCAGCAGUGGCUGCUGCGCAACAUGACCCUGGGGCCCUGAGCUGGGCACGGGCAUCUCCUCCUCCUCCUCCUCCUCCUGCCCUCCCCCUGCAGAGCCCAGCCCUCUCCCAACCCCAGCGGAGCCUCGGCGCUGCAGGUCUCUCUCUUUGGCUGCUCCAAGAAGCUCCUCCAAGCCUGCGAAGGAUAAAGCACGUGCUGGGGCCACACAAACGUGCUCAGAGAUGGUUCCAGAGACAGCAGCCUGCAGCAGAGAGGUGUUGCUGCGUGUCACACACCCCCACAGGGAGGUGGCCCAGUGUAAAAGGCCUUGUGACACCAGUUGGCACUGGGAGCCACCCUGGCCGGCGUGUCCCGAGCUGGGGGUGACGGUGCUGAGCUCCCUUGGCGAGGCCUGCAGGAUGUUUGCUGAUCUCUCGUGCCCACUGGGAUCUGACAGCACCAAACUGAGCAGGAAAAGGCACCAGGCAGAGCCAAAGCCUCGUGGUUUGUGCUGGGAAAAAAUGGGAUCUGGUGUUUGGAAAACUGGGCAAAGGCUGCACUUAAAAAAGGAGGCGACAACAGAAGACACGGGAAUGUGGAGAGGAAGGAGGGACAAGUGUGGUCCUUAAGACCAGCACUGAGGGAACUGUCCUCUCCAUGGGACUGGAACUGUCCUCUCCAUGGGACUGGAACUGUCCUCUCCAUGGGACUGGAACUGUCCUUUCCAUGGGAAUGGAACUGGCCUCUCCAUGGGAAUGGAACUGUCCUCUCCAUGGGACUGGAACUGUCCUCUCUAUGGGACUGGAACUGUCCUCUCCAUGGGACUGGAACUGUCCUUUCCAUGGGAAUGGAACUGGCCUCUCCAUGGGAAUGGAACGGGCUGGGGCUGGACUGGGGGCUGCAGGGGGCAGAUGGAGGGACCAAAACUGCCCCUCUGGGCCCAGCAGAGCCUGGAGAGCCCCCAGCCCUGGCUGCCCUUCCCCAGCAGUGUAUCCCUGUCCGGGACACAGGCAGAGCUUCAGCCCUGGAUCCCCUGCACGGAGCUGGAUCCGCUCCCAGUUCUGCUUCCAGAGCCGUGCCAGAGGCUGAUUUCUGUGUCCUGCUGAUUCUGUGGCUCAGCCCCUUUGUUGGUGUGGUCAUUCCCAAUGGUCCCUGGUGGGGUGUGGGGACAGGUCCUGCCCAUACAGGUGACAUUUCCCAUCUGUACCGGGGACAUUUCCUUUGGUGACCACCCAAAAUCCAUCUGUUGCACUCCAGGCUGGGUUUUUGGCAGUAGUCCGUGGCUUCUUAUUGCUCAGAGGGCUCAAGAGACUGAAAUCCCAGGGCAGCGUGAUCCCAGCACGGGGAAGGGGUGAAAUGUUUCCCAGGAUUUCACUCCUAGUUCCUCCAAAGGUCUGUAAAUGCACUGGGUCAUUAAAAAGGACAGUAUUUUCUGUAUAA